AUGGAGAGUGGAGAAGUUGAUUACAAAAAAGAAGUUGAUAACAAGUACACUUGGGUGAUUAAGAAUUUCUCCUCUUUACAAUAUGAUAAAAUGUAUUCUGAGCCAUUCGUGAUUGAUGGCUGCAAAUGGCAUCUUCUGGCCUAUCCCAAGGGAAACAAAUUUAAUAAUAGCUUGUCUCUGUAUCUGGUGGUUGAUGACUCUAGAGCAUUGCCUUCUGGAUGGAAAAGAUACGCUCAGUUCUCUUUAACUAUAGUGAAUCAACUUGCGGAGAACCUCUCCCAACGAGGAGAGAAACAACAUUGGUUUAAUCAGAGAAAUCUUGGCUCGGGUUUUACAUCCAUGAUUCCCCUUCCCAACCUUCAUGCCAAGCACGGUGGAUUUCUUGUGAACGGCGAAGUCAAGAUUGUUGUGGAGAUUGAUGUUCUUGAAGUUAUUGGAAAAUUAGAUGUAUCAGAAGAAUCUGAUCAAGAGGCAAACCCACCUCUGAAAAGGAUCAAGCUUGAUGAUGAUAAUGAUGAUUUGCUCAAUGAGACUUCACUAACAAAGGAAAGCAUCGAUGUCAACGGGUUUCAAGUUCUUCCAUCACAGGUAGAAUCUGUGAAGUGUAUAUUUGAAAGACAUCCAGACUUUGCAUCAAGAUUCCGUCCAAAGAACCGGCACCUGAAGUCAACAUACAUGACUGUCCUCCUAGGACUAAUUAAGACGUUGUGCCAGUUGCCUGAUGAGCUCUCUGAUGAUGAUAUGGACGAAGCAUCCGUUGCAGUGUCAUACGUGGAAAAAGGAGGGUUUAAAUUGGAUUGGUUGGAGAAGAAGCUCGCUGAAGUUAAGGCAAAGAAGAAAAAAGUGGAGACUAGUAAGGCUCGACUGAAACAAACGGAGGAAGAGUUGCACAGAUUAAACCAGAGAUGCUUGGACCUGAAAGCUGUUCUGGAGAAAGAGAACGCAGACGUUUCAAAGGCCAAUGUUCCACUCUCGUUCGAUGAUAUCGUUUGA